UUACAUUCACACGCAUACAUAUACCUAUGUAUAAUAUAAUAUACUCCUUUAUUAUAAAUAUACGUGGGAUAAGUAAUAAGUGAUAGUUGACAACGUCUCUCGCGUGCUCAUUGUCCUUCGUCGGCCACGUUUUUAUCUAUUCCGCUUAGAUAUUACAAUCGGCAACAAAUCAAAAUUGUCCAAUCUUCGUCGCUUGGCCACAUGUGUGUACAUAUGCGCGCCUAUGUAUUGUGAGUGGGCACCGACAUACAUAUAGGAACUGUGUAUCGUGUCUCUGUGUACGUCUGUGUAAAGCUCGUCGUCGUGUGCAGUGUGUCUCUUUAAACGAAAGUAAACAACAAAGCUAAAAAAUACCGCACAACGUUGCUGUGCCGCGCGUCGUCACGGUGCAGCCUUACAUGCACUCCGAAGACUCCCUGCGCGUGUUUUUAACUCAAAAGUGCGACCGCAUCGGGUCUACGUGUGCGUGAUCUUAUAGUGCCCGUAUUAUAUACGUACGCCGAUCAUCAAAAUACCAACGACAAUAAUACGUAUAUUAUAUCGCGAGUGUUUCCUCCCUGUGUCUGUGUUUAUCUGAAGCAACGCUCUCGAAAUUUGCAGCGGUGUACGUGCGUGCAUUACAGUCUACUCGUCGGUAGAUACUCGUUUCCCAGUUUCAGCAGCGGAGUGCCGAGAGAGUACGGAGCAGUGUGCGAAAGAGUAGUAGUGUAGUGUCGGUGCUGCGUGUGUGGUGUGUGAUAAUAUUAUGGCGCAGCAUGCGCGCUUGCCGGUAGUCACACUACCCUGGUACUGCAGCUGCAGCCUUUUCAUCAUCGUCGUCUCCGUUGUUUCUACUGUCACGGCAUCCUCAAUAGCACUGCACAAGAAUGAAGCAAUUUUGAAACAAGCCCGAUUGAUUAGUGACCAAUCAUUGGAGCUCACUUUCAAUCAGCCAUCCACUAUCGAUGAUCAAUUGCUCACUUGGAGCUACAGCGAUGAUUGUAAUGGUGCUGCUUCCAUGAAAAGACUCGAAACUGUAGAUAAUGAAAAAACAACUAUUUUGUAUCAAUUGCACACUCCUGUUGACAAAGUGGAAAAAUUUGUGCUUUGCAUCGAUGGCAAACCAAGCAAUAUUCCUAUACAAAUUAACAAGUUGCAAGAGGAGGUGGCCGAUGCUCCACGCUCGCGCCGAGAGUACUCGGGCCCAGCCGACAAGCUACGUAUCGAGGGCUUAGUCAUCGAGCAGGCGGAAAAAUUGCACCAGGAGGAUGACGGCACGAUUAAAAUACUCGCCGAGCGCAAGGCCACCAUCAGAUUGUUCGGGGUUGGCCUGACCAGUCGCACCGUCGUCGCUUUCACGGAGCAGCCCGGAAAAUUCGGCGACGUUUGCGACAAGAUCAAGUCGCAGGAAUUUCCAGUGCGAGAUUUGGUGGGCGACAUCACCGCCGCGGUAGAUAUCAUCUUACCGAAGGGUCAGCCUUUUUACAUCUGCGCUAAGCAAGCUAGUGAUGAGUCUUCGCCGGAGUACCCCUCCCUGUAUCACCAUCAGGGCUCGGAAAAAUACAAGAUGAUUCACACCUACACGAGUAUGCUACCAUUAUGGCUGUGCAUAUGCAUCAUCUGCACUUGUCUGUCAUUUUCCGCGCUGUUCUCGGGUCUGAAUCUGGGACUCAUGGCUAUCGACAGGACCGAGCUAAAGAUUCUUUGCAACACCGGUACAGAGAAAGAAAAACGCUACGCUCGAACCAUCCAACCCGUCAGAAAUCACGGCAAUUACUUGCUCUGCUCGAUCCUCUUUUCCAACGUCUUGGUCAAUUCGAUUUUCACCAUCAUUCUCGAGGAGCUGACCUCGGGCUUCGUCGCAGUCUCGUGCUCGACCCUGGCCAUCGUCAUAAUCGGCGAGAUUUCACCGCAGGCCAUCUGCAGCAGGCACGGCCUGUGCGUGGGCGCGAAAACCAUCUACAUCACCAAGCUCACGAUGCUCAUCACCUUCCCUCUCAGCUAUCCUAUAAGCAAACUGCUGGACUUUUUGCUUGGUGAAGAAAUCGGCAACGUUUACAACAGAGAAAGACUCAAGGAACUUGUCAAGGUUACUACUGGAUACAACGAUCUCGAAAAGGAUGAAGUCAACAUCAUCGCCGGUGCUUUAGAAUUACGAAAGAAAACCGUUGCAGACGUUAUGACUCGUAUCGACGAUGUCUACAUGCUAAACUACAAUCGUACACUCGAUUUCGAGACAGUGUCCGAGAUUAUGUCUUCAGGAUUCUCUCGAAUACCGGUGUACGAAGGUGCUCGUACCAAUAUCAUCACUAUGCUCUACAUCAAAGAUUUGGCUUUUGUCGACCCCGACGACAAUAUGCCGCUAAAAACACUCUGUCAGUUUUAUCAAAACCCCUGCAAUUUUGUCUUCGAGGACGUUACGCUCGACGUCAUGUUCAAACAAUUCAAGGAGGGACACAAGGGUCACAUGGCUUUCGUGCAACGCGUCAACAGCGAAGGCGAGGGCGAUCCGUUUUACGAAGUCAUUGGUCUUGUUACCCUCGAAGAUGUUAUCGAGGAGCUCAUUCAGGCUGAAAUUAUCGACGAAACGGAUGUUUUCACUGACAACAGAAGUAAACGUAAGCGCCAAGCCCGGUCAAAGGUCCCAGACUUCACGAUAUUCGCUGAAAAGAAAGAAAAUCAACGUAUUCACAUCUCGCCUCAGUUGGCUCUGGCCAUGUAUCAAUAUUUGUCGACGAGCGUCGACGCUUUCAAAGCCGAUAACAUUUCAGAGGUCAUUCUACAUCGUCUUCUGAAGCAGGAUAUAAUUUUCCACAUCAAAGUGAAAUCACGAGAGAAAGCUCGCAACGAUCCUGCAGCCAUUAUUUAUCAACAAGGCAAACCAGUUGAUUAUUUCGUUCUCAUAUUGGAGGGUAGAGUCGAAGUUACUGUGGGAAGAGAGAAUCUUGUAUUCGAGAGUGGCCCGUUCACAUUUUUCGGAAGUCAAGCUCUGACUAUGAAUGUUGGCCUUGGUAAGGCUCAAGCAGAAUCACCGACGAGCUCGAAUCCGCAGAAUUUGGGAAGCGUCCAGUCCGUGAAUUUAGACGCGAUGUUGCGCCACCACUUCGUGCCAGACUACACGGUGCGCGCGGUAACCGAGGUGUUUUACGUGCGAGUCAAACGAUCCCUGUACUUGACGGCGAAACGAGCCACGCUGCUCGAGCGCACGCACAAGGACAUGAAUCAAGAUCAGUUCGACGACGAGGUGGAAAAAUUGCUGCACUCGCUGGACGACGACGAUCGAAGCGCUCCCGAGUCGCCGAUUCUGCCGAAAGACAAGGAAUUGCCGGAAUUGCGCAAGGACAGCGGCGCUCCGCAAGCUUCGCCGAUGCGGCAUUCGUCGCUGCCGGUCGUUGCCUUGCCCGUGAGCGCAAGUCCAAACACCAAUUCGAAAUUCAUCUCGAAAAAUAAUCCAAAUGGACAGUUGAAAAAUUCACCAGCCAAGAAAUCCCAAUCACCGGGCUCGCCAACAACUCCAAUAACUCCUCAUUUAAAACUUGAUUUGGACGCUGAAAUAAUGGCUCGACAGACGGAGGCUGCACGUCUUCUCACUUCAGAGAAGCCUAGCAAAAAAUCCAGCGGAAACGAAGACGAGGAGAGGACGAUUCUAUUGAAUAAGCAGGACAAUUCUUAACAUUUAGCCAAUGGCCGACAAGAAUCGUCGGCACCGAGCGUUUCAGUAAAUGAUCAGCAGCAGCAACAGUGCGACGAUCAAAGUCACGAAACGUCUGCGUGACAAGAUCUAUAGAAAUCCAUGGUGUUAUAAAUGGCCUCGAUACUUAAAGAUUAAGAAAAUCAGCGUCAAGUACUAUGCAUUGGUUUAUGUACUAUUUAAAGAACGAGGAUCAAUUAUGUCUUUAUGUAAAACGAGACUUUGUACGAUAUAAUGCGUUACAGCGUGUUUCGGCACUGAUUUCGAAUGGUUUGAUACGGUCGCACUAUGUGAGAGCUUAAAAUCGGCAUUUUUUAGUGAAAUGCUUUACCGACACAUGACAUUUUAUUUAUACAAAGUUAUAGUUGUUACUUGUACGUGCGUAACUUAUACACAUAGAUAUAAAUAGGUAUACUACGCGAUCGUUGAUGGUUUUUAUGUAUGAAAAUAGUAAAUGCGCAAGCGUAAUCGAAAUUGAAAAUUAAAAAUAUAUGUUAUCAUAUAAUUCGUUGGCUCUUUGUAAUGUUUUAAAACACAAAUCGAAUGGACACGCGAUCAGUAUAUGAGUAUUUUUUUAAUGUUAACACUAUUGUUCUAUUGUUAGUGCUUGUAAAACAAAUAUGAUGCGUUUUAGCGUCUGUGUUUUUUGUAUUGUUGAUGAUGAACAAUUUAUCUGAUGAUGCUGAGUGUCGGUAAAACUAAUUCACUGUUAGUAUGGAAGAUGAAGAAUUGAUUGCUGUGAUAUCAUAUUUUUAUAAAAGUUUGCUGUAUUUUUUUUCUUUUUAAUUCUUAUAAGUCAGAAAAUCAUAUAACUAUGUUUGUCAUUUAUAUUCACAGAAACUAGAAAUGUAGUUAUAGAAUGAAUGUUUUCACCCGAUCAGUCAUAUGCAAUAAUGGAAAUUAGAGUUCCAAAAAAUUCAAUAUUCGUUUUUACGAUUUUUAUGUGAUACGAUGUACAAAAAUUAAAAGUUCUAUCUGUCAUCAAGCCAUUCGAAAAUCUCUGCCAUUAAAACACCACUAACAAAUUCAAAUGCAAUAGUUACAUUGUCUUGUACGUAUUGUAUUUAAAUGUGUAAAUAUUUAGGAUAUUGAGAUUACUUCCACUCAUAAAUCGAAUACGUUUCAAUGCCAAGUCUAUGUGGAAAAAUAGAUAUAGACUGAUUUGUUUACCUAUUCGUUCAUGAACGUUUAUUUGACACUUUGUAACUAUAACUAUAGUUAUUCAGAAACUCCUCUUCACCAUUUCUGCAAUGAGCUUACUUAAGUAGCAAAGAAUUUUUUUCAUCAACCUUAUGGGGUUCUUUUUCUCUACUUCACGACAAUUUGUCCAUAUUUUUUAUAUCACUUUUGAGGAGUUACUUUAUUGUAAAAAGUACGAAUUAUUCAAUUGUAAUUUAUAAAGUUUAUACAAUUUUUGCAGUUUAUUACUGUAAAUAUAUCAGUAAAUUUGUUUUUUAUAAUUUUAUCGGGUUUCAAUAUGUUGUAAUUAUGUCUUAAGUUAAUUAAAUCAUGGAAAGCUCGAGUCUUUCGUGUCGAUACGAAUUAUACUUUUCAGUGGAAGUAAGAUGCAGUGGUCUUUUGUAAAAAAGAUUUUUCAACUAAUUGUUAUAAUCAAAGCAUUUUUAAAUGUCUUCGUCGUAAACGCAAAAUAUUAUUUACAAUAAUAUAUAUUAUUUAUAUAAUAGUAACUAACAACGAAAAACUAAAAUUAGGCUUACACAUCUCGUGUCACUAUUAAUCGUUAUCGUGAAUUCGGAGUAUACUUUUCGUAAAAGACAAGUAAUGUUUCACAUUUGACAGUUUGAAUGUGUUAACUCGAGAAGAGCAAAGACAAACUUUUCGAAUUUGUUAAUAUCCUACGGUUAUUUUCAAAAAGAAAAAAAUCAAUCGAACAAAUUGUACGUGUUUAUGUUUUCAUUACUCAUAAUAAGUAAUGACAUGUGCUAGUCUGUUACUUUGUGAAUGUUUUCGAGUAUUUUUCAUUUCCACUUAUUUAUAAACUAUGUGUGGUAUAUUAGAAAACUACUUAUAAUUUUGUCAAAUGUCCAUGCCUUUUUCGCAUAAAAAUUACUCGUUUUUACAUUUCGUGCCUUAAUCGAGAGAAGUCAUUCAUUAAAAACAUAACUACCAAAACCAAAUAAUAAUAUAGUAUUAAGGUAAUAAUCGAAUUUUCAAAUACAUAGGAAAAAUAAUUUUAUACAGAUUUCAUAGAUCUGCACGUCUAAAUACUUGAACUUUUUAUCUUUAAUGUUAGAUGAUUCGGAUAGAAGUUUUUAUGACGUAUAAAUCAAAAAUUGUCGAUAUCGAGUUUUAAACUUGAAUUGGUAUAAAAUGAACUAAUCAAAGUUUUGCGAAUUUCUCUUAUUUCUCUUAUUAAAAUAUAAAAGUACUUAGAAGUGCUGAUCUUGUCCUCUAAAUUCAAUUGCAUAAAAUGUAUAACCGUGAAGUAAAAAAGGAAACUAUUUUUACAUGUAUUCUACAAAAUGAACAAAAAUAUGUAGCAUUUAGAUACUUAUAUAUCUAUUACAUUAUAAUAAUGUUUUUUUUCUGCGCGAACAUAUCUCAGAUUAGGGUUAAUAAUUGACGUAGCAAUAAUUUGACGUACAAUUUGAUCCUUUUCAAAUUUUUGCCUAUAAAGUAUUUUUUACAAAAUAAGUUCAUUAGCCUAAACAUUGAAUUGCACUACACAGUAAGUAAACUCAGAUUUAUCGAAUGUCAGACAAGAUAAUUGUUCAUAAAAAGUUACAUGUAAAGCUCUGUCAAACGGUGUAUAAAAAGAAAUCUGUUUUAUCUCUCAAUUUAUAUUUGGUGCGUGAAUGAUUAAAACUGUCUUUUUAUGUUUUUGUUGAAGUGAAAAAUCAUGCUUAAAAGGUGCUACAAUAAGAAAAACAAAUGUUUAUUAACUGCCAUGUAACGAUCGUUUAGACGCAUGUUAUAUUGUUGUUACUAUUAUGAUUAUAUUUUUCAAAUGUUACUUAAAUUGUCUAUUGUAUUAUUCGACGUAAUAAAGCUGAUGAGGUGAAAUUAAAUUUUUUUUCCUUUGCAGUUAAAUACUUAUAAUGUGAGUUGAUUGUAUGUAAAAAAUAUAAUAUUCCACUAUGUUCUCGA